CUGUCUACUUGUUUUUCCCAUGAUGUCUGUUUGAGGACCCUAACCAUUAAACGAACUCUUAUUCUUGGAAUGAAAUAAACCGUGCCGCACACCAAGGGACUGGAAACAUAUCUGCUGAACACCCGUCCAGUAGUCGACCAAAAUAAUUGAACGGCACCGCUUAGCUUGUGCUGAAAGAAGCUUUGCUGUGCAAGUGGACACUUGGAAGCUAACUUCGUGUUAGCUGCAUACCGAACUGUGAUAGUAUUGGACUCUUCAAGAAUACCUAAAAAGACAGGAGCUCAUCAGUUGGAACAGACAAAGACAGCAGGAGUUACAGGGAUUUGACUAUCCCUUAUCACCAUCGGGCCCUGAGAUGACAUCACAGCAGCCACAGCUCCCCAAUGCUGUUAUUCCUCCCCACCUUGCCCAGAACUCCUCUGCUCAGCAGGCCCGGCCUCACAUUCAUGCUAAUCAGCUGGACUCGAGUCAGAGCAGUACAACCGCUGGGCCUCUGGACCACAGAGCCCUGACAGGCAGGCCAGGCUGCUCCGGUGUGGCAACAACCAGCGGGGAGGUGGCUAACAGGAAUGUUUCCGCCUCCUGCACCAACUGCAGCUUAUCCAGAAGAGAUGGGGGCUUUGAGCCGUGGCCUGAGGAAGCAGUCGACAACUCCCAUGGGCUGUACUCACUGCACCGCAUGUUUGACAUAGUUGGAGCCCAGCUCACGCAUCGGGAUGUCAGGGUACUGUCAUUCCUGUUUGUUGAUGUAAUUGAUGAGUAUGAGCGUGGUGGCAUUAGGAGUGGAAGGGAUUUCCUUCUGGCCCUAGAGCGCCAGGGUCGCUGUGAUGAAACAAACUUCCGACACGUUCUCCAGCUUCUAAGGAUUAUCACCCGCCAUGACCUACUGCCUUAUGUCACACUCAGGAAACGGCAGGCUGUGUGCCCAGACCCUGUUGACAAGUACCUGGAAGAGACAUCAGUGCGCUACAUUUCACCAAGGGGAGCAGUACAGAGCAAGGACAGUGCACCUCACAGAAGAACAGGUCCUCAGCCAGUCAUUUGCUGUUCCGCGUCAGGACCCCAUGUUGGUCCUCCCCGAAUAAAGCCAGCUCCUCCUGUACCUAACCGCAAACGGAGAAGAAAUCUUUCCUCGGCUGACUGCAGAGAGAAGCAAACAUGUGAUAUCCGCCUCCGGGUUCGUGCUGAAUACUGCCAGCAUGAGUCUGCGCUACAGGGCAAUGUCUUCUCCAACAAGCAAGAGGCAGUAGAACGACAGUUUGAGCGCUUCAACCAAGCAAACACUAUCCUCAAAUCCCGAGACUUGGGCUCCAUCAUCUGUGACAUCAAGUUCUCUGAGCUCACAUACUUGGAUGCCUUCUGGAGGGACUACAUCAAUGGAUCACUGCUAGAGGCUCUUAAAGGGGUCUUUAUCACAGAUUCCUUGAAACAGGCUGUGGGCCAUGAAGCUAUAAAACUGUUGGUCAAUGUUGAUGAGGAGGACUACCAGGCUGGUCGACGCAAACUGCUCCGUAAUUUGGUCACAAGUGGAGGGAACCCACCAGGAGCUAGCAAAGACUCUGUAUCUUAGACACACUCCCCGGGUGGUAGCAUAUGGGAGGAACGCUGCUGUGCCCAGCACAUGGAAUAGAGUGAGAUGUGGUUGUGUCAUUUGAGGUGCCUGAAGCGUGUGCCUGCAAUGAACUAAAGAAGUUCAAGCCACUGCAUUGAUUCCUUGAGAGCUAAGGUCAUAUGUUAUUUACUUGUCCCCUUAGCAUAGCAUGCAAGGUGAUUGGGAAAUAUGUUAGCAAAAAGAGGUAGGCAGUGCAUACAGGUUGACAUUACUUUGAAUGUUGAGCUGUUCAUUUUUUCGAGGAGAAUGCUGAUUCAUGUGUGCAUUGAAAUGAUAAUAAUUUCUUGUUUCUGGUAUGUUAGCUCAUUGAAACACACUUGUUAAUGCUAAUGACACUCUUCACCCCUGUUUAAACGUGUUCAGAAGGUAUUUUCAAUACAGGAAACAUGCUUAAUGCUGACAAGUUACUCCCAGUGGGAGUUGUACCUUAAUGUCAAACUGGUUCAUCUUUUUUCCAGGUUUUUCAGGUAGAGUACAGAUUAAUUGGAUUAACUCAAUGAGAGUGUUCAGUAUGUUAUAGAAAUGUAUGCAGGCUGCAGAUGACAAUUUGUUUUUCUAUUUCUUUAAGCUUAUUAACCUACUUUCCCAACACUUUGCAGAGUUUCCUUGUCUGUACAGGUGAACCCUUUCAGAGCAUUUUUUUAUCAGUGUCUAUUUGCACCCGGGUGAGAAUAGUCAGAUAUUAUUCUAUUCAGAUAUUUACACCUGUCACCAGGUGACAUAGUAUAAAGAGACACAGAACUUUUAGCCAGGAGAUCGUUGUUGUAGUCUCUUCCAAAAUCAGAAGUCAGUGCUAAGUUUUUUUGUUUGUUUUUUUUUUUGUCUUCUAUGACUUGUUAUUUUCAGUUUUCUGACACAGGUUUGUUUAGGCUUGUUUAGGUUUACGCACCAAAACCACUUUUUUAGGAUUAGACACCAAAACGACUUUGUUGGAUUUAGGUUACAAUCAUGGUUUGGAUUCAAAUAGCUUUGUUAGCUACAGACACCUGGGUGUUAAUAGCAUCUGCCUUUUUUACUGGCUCAUAUUUGGUCACCGUUGACAUCAUUGCAUCUUUGCUUUAUUUUAACAAAUUCUUUGUUUUAAAAUACGGCACGUUACCUGCAGCUGUGAUUAUGGCCUCAUUUGAAAUAUAAAUUUUCCAGUCACUGCCAAUAUUUAGAACAUUGUAGAUCGUUCUAAUGUGUUGAAUUUUAUCCAUCUUAUCCAACAUUAAGUCAAUCACAGGUGUUUAGAUUUGUGUGGAUUUGCAAACCAUUGCCAGUUUCAUUGUCAAACCUUACCUCCAAACCUCACUCACCUUUUCACUCAUUUUCACUCAUGAUAUAACACUGCUUUUAAAACAAAACAAAAAAAAUUCAAAUGACAGUCAAUAACAAAUCAGCAGCAGGUUGAUCAACAGCAUGGAGCCACUAUGUGUAGCAACUAAGUAUCUUACUUGAGAGGAUGAGUGUCUAAGGAGGUGUGGCAUCUCAACAGACAUUCACAAACCAAACUGAGUAUUCUUUUAUUCAGGGUUUGACACAGAAAAAAUAGCACUGCACAGACCAACAAAGUUGUAAGGUGUAUACAGAGGUGCACAUAACUGAUGAGUCAGGUGCCCAGUCCCUGGUUGAGCGUCCAAUUUGCUAAGUAUGUGACAGAUGAGAUCUGUAGUCUAUACUCGUACAAACUUGAGUUGACCAACCUUAUCACCAAUCAAGAAUAUUGAAAUUGGACAAUCCUGCAAAAUCCUAGAUUCAGUGAAAACAUCCUUCCAAGCCUUGUUUCUGCAGUAUUUGAGCACUGCAGCUAAUAUGUUAUGGUUGCAGAAAGAUUGUGGCUAUGUUGGGUAAAUAAGUAAAUUUAAAUUGCAGGUCUGUGAUGGGAUGCGGUUAUUGUCUCCUGUAUCAGAGUCACACACACAAAUGCCCAACUAUAACUCCAACCUCCACACUCUUACUUUUUCAGUAACGGUCAUAGUACUUCCUGCAUUGGCACUGAAUGUUGUCAUUUGAAGUAAAUUGCUAUGUGCGUAAGACAUCAUUCCUAGGGAUACUGGACUGAGGUCAACACUGAUGUCAAGGGGGCCACCAUAGUCAUAAAUUUAAAAAUUCUGCAAAUUGUGUCUUCAGAAACUGGAAGGAAUUUGACAAAUGGCAUUGUUGGUUUACUAGGACUGGUUAUGGAUCAAUGCAAACUCAAAGUAACUUUGGAAAUGUUUAAUAUCAGUGAUAAUAUAUCAAAAACGAACCUGUUUUGUGAUGAGAAUGGUUUUGUAACAGAAGUACAUUACUGACUUCAUGUUAUUUUAGAAAGAAUUGUCAUUUGAAAUGCCAGCCUCUAAUGCUAAUGUUGAACAUGUUUCCUUCAUAUUUCUGUCACUCAGUGCACAUAGCCAAAUGGUUGAUAUGAAGAGAAUCUGUGUACCCUAUUAAAAGUUCAGUGUAAGUUUUUACCAAAUAUAUUAUUCCUGCUAAAAAAAAAAAAAGUCCUACCUUAUCUCUGCUAUCACACUAUCCA